AUGCACCAGGAAGGAGCGGCUUCCCGUCAUGCCAAGCCGGCUGAGAGUGAUGAUGAGCUGAGUUUUGCUUCGUGGCCCGGAACUGUUUGGGAGGCUGAAAAGCAUGGCUUCUCAUCCAACACUGUAGAGAAGCUGGUGAGCAGCAGAGUUCAGGAGACCUUGGCCUAUUCGGAGUUGAAGCCGCCGACGCGGCCGGCGGAGGUGUCGGUGGCCGUGCCCGGCACUCUGCCUCCAGCGGGGGAUGUCAUGGCGAGCGGAUCGACGACGACGACGACCACGACGAGCACGGUGAUGCAGAAGACGAGCGGAACGAGCCCAGCGGUACAGCAAGUGGCCUCGAGUACGGCAACAACGUUUACUUCGGUUGCUUUGAAACACAGAAGACUUGUAGUUUUUGCUUCUUGCUUGUGGAGUUUGCGCAAAAAUCAUUUGCUAUAUGUCGAAACCGUGGAGAAGGCCCUGGCGUGUUUGCGCAUGAGUUCUCCCGACCUGGGAGACUUCUCGUAUCCCAGCGAUGCCGAGAAACACUUCGGGAGGCGCGGGCGCGCGGCACGGCCGUUGGGUGUGGGUGUCAGCAAAAGAAGAAAGCGCCAGAUCAACGAGACGCUCAGCUACUUCUUCCCGGCGAACUUCCCAGCUCACGUCUGGGCGGGCUAUUCUGGGCCUUGGAUCGAGAAUCAUUGGAUCCGCAACUUCAGCCAGAGAUGGCGAGACAGGCCGAGUGGCAGCAAGUUGAGAGACAUCUUCGGACCAUUCAUCCCAAUCUUUGCGCCCUUCGUUGACAUGGCAGUGAGAAGCCAUGGCUACCCUGCUGGCAUGAUGGAGAUGCUUAAGAAGAUGAUGCGGAAAGAUGUGCUGUACGUGGCGGUGUCUCAACACGACUUGGGCAUUUUCAAGUCAAACAGGAACUCCCGUGUGACUCAAACGGAGCUGCCGAAUCUCUUGAUUUUCAGCGCCGGGGGCUACGGCCACGUGCCGAUUCCCCUGCUGAAGCAGCCGGAGCAGCUGCUAGCGGAGAGGCCCUUUGGGAGCCGUAGCUACUUCACGUCCUUCGUUGGCACCGAGAAGAACGGAGGUGUGCGGACGCAGAUGAAGAAGACCACCGACGCAUGGGCGCAGCAGUCCGGCAAGGAUGUUCUCGUCUCUUUCAAGAAAGUCGCGAAUUGGAAGGACGUUCUCAUGAACAGCUCGUUGGCCUUGUGUCCCAGAGGCUUCGGACGAUCAUCCUUCCGAACCGGAGAGCUCUUUCAGAUGGGCAGGGUCCCCAUCUACAUAUGGGACGACGAACCCUGGUUGUUCUACAAAGAGCUUUGGGAGAAGGAAGUCAUCGGCUUCAGCUGCAACAUCAAAAGUCUCGGCAGUCUGCUGGAACAUGCUGCUUCAGACAUGCAAAAGCUCGAGCAAAUGGAGCAAAACAUUCUGCGGAUGCGCGAGAGUCAUUUCGUCUACGAAGGAAUCAUCGACCAGAUCUUCAGGUUCCUCACCGGCCAGGACGGAGGCAGCGACCUCCGCUGCCAGAAGUAUCCCAUCCGACGGCUCCGAAGGCUCCGAAGGCUCCGGCUGAGGCGGCCGGUGCUAGGGCGGCUCCAAAGAAGGGCGCGCCGGGCGGUUUAUGUGUGA